UUGUCAAGUGGCCAUUGGACAUUAAUUAGUCCGACCAAGACUUCCUUGGGGGGUUCAAACAGCAUCAUUAGCGCUUCGGAGUCUUGACCGCGAGUAAUACUAUAAAACGCUUAAGUGCAUUCCAUUUAGCCGUGCCAAAAGAUCCACCAAGAUGGAGCAAUCCCCAAGUGAGAUCAUCAUGGUUCGGCCGAGAAAUUUUGCCUUUGAUCCGACCACGGCCGAUUCGAACGCGUUUCAAAACCGACCGGACAAGGACAAGGAGACGCUGGUCAAGGCCAAAGCCAUCCAGGAGUUUGAUCAGGUGGUGAAGCGUUUUAGAGAGGUUGGCAUCCACGUGAAAGUGUUCGAGGAUAACGAGGAUCCUAUUCCAAAGCCAGAUGCCAUCUUUCCCAACAAUUGGUUCUCCACGCACUCAAAUGGGAUGGUGCUUAUUUAUCCCAUGCUGAGCCCGAAUCGACAGGCCGAGCGAAGAUUGGAUGUAAUUGACUAUCUGAUCGGGACCAACAAGGUGAAAGAGAUCCUGGACAUGAGUGCCAACGAGAGGAAUGACAACAUCUUGGAAGGAACGGGGUCCAUUGUGUUUGAUCACUUGAACAAGAUUGCCUAUGCAUGCCGAUCCCCUCGAACCUCGGAUCUUGUUUUCAACCGGGUGUGCAAUCUGCUCAAUUACAAGCCAGUCAUGUUCAACUCGCACGAUUCAAAUGGCAAGUUGAUCUAUCACACCAACGUCAUCCUAUGGAUCGGCUCCAAGGCCAUUGGAGUCUGUCUGGACUCCAUCAAGGACGCCAAGGAAAAGGAGCUGGUGUCGAGCUACUUGCGAUUGGGUGACCGAGAAAUCCUGGAUUUGAAUCAAUCCGAGAUCCUGGGGUUUGCCGGGAAUUGCCUUGAGCUCCGCAACGAUCAAGGUCAAACAUUCUUGGCCAUCAGUAAAAGAGCUAUGGAAGCUAUGAACGCAAAGCACGUGGAUCAACUGAAGCCUUGUUUCCAUGACAUUUUGGAAUGUGACGUUGAGACCAUUGAGCACGUGGGUGGUGGGGGCAUUCGAUGCAUGAUUGCCGGGGUUCAUCUGUAGCAAUUUUACAUACAAUCUACAAUAGCCUUGAGGUCGUUUCGUGCUGGCAUUGAUUUUUUGAAACUUGUCUUGAAUAAACAGUCGUAUCUGAAAUUGA